AUGUAUAUUCCUGGGGUUUAUGCCUCAAUUAUUAUUUUCAUACUACUAUUCCCAUUUCUAAUACCAACCAAGUUAAAAAGUAAAUCACUCAGAUACAUCAAAACAUCACUAAUAGUAUUAUUGACAAUUUCAAUAUUAUCAUCAAUAGCACCAGAAACAGCUCAAAUAGGAGCACCAUUCCACAAAUAUGGUAAACCAAAAAUAGCAUAUUUUGGAUGUAAUUAUCAAAUUCAAUUAACUAAAAAGAAAUUUUGUGAUUCUUCAAAAUCAUUAGAUUGGUGUUUUUGUAAUAAUUUUAAUGCAUUUGCUACAUUAGCUCAUUGUUAUGAAAUUGGUCAUCCUAAUGAAAUUGACUCAUUAUUUGAAAUGUGUUCAGUAUACAAUAAGACAUUAAAUUACAAUACGUUAACCCAUGCUAAUGAUUAUUAUACUAAUCAUGCAAAGUCUAUAAUGGAUUUACCAAAUGAAUCUGAUCAAGAUCUUAUUCAUUUUCCAAUAAAAUUAAAUGAAACUGAAAUUCAUAUUUUUGAAAAAGCUUAUACUAGUUUUUUGGGCAACUUUGAUAUAUCAGUUGAUUAUGGUGCUUACUUAGUUUUAUAUUGGGUUGCUAUCUUUGUUGUUGCGGGUUUAAGUAAUUGGUUAAAAUAUUUAUGCCCUCAAAUUUUUAAAUAUUUUACUGAUCCUUUGACUAACUGGUUUAGAUCAAGGAUCUCAUUACCAUCAACAAACAAUAAAAAUAAAACAAACGAGUUAAAAAUCGGUAAAAUAUUCGAUAUGUUGGUUCCAACAAGAGCUGAAAGUUUGAUAUUAGUUGGUUUUACAAUACUAUGUACUUAUUUCAUGACUGCUCAAAUAUCAUAUACUGAAGGAGAUCCAUUAUUUCAUACAAAAACUACUGCAUUAUUACGAUACUACGCAGUUAGGGCAAGUUUGUUAUCAAGUACAAUGAUGCCACUUCUAAUUUUGUUUGGUGGUAGGAAUAAUUUCUUACAAUGGGUUACAAGAUGGGAUUAUUCAACUUUCAUAACGUUACAUAGAUGGGUAUCAAGAGUAAUCAUGAUUUUGAUAACUAUUCAUUCAUUCAAUUAUUCGAUAUACUUGAGAAUAAAUCACAAGGGAAUAGAGCCAUAUAUAGUAUUAGGAUCAGCAGCAUUUAUAUCAGGUGUUAUAAUAAUGAUCCAAGGACUUUUAGUGCUUAGAAGAAAAUGGUAUGAAAUGUUUUUAGUAUUGCAUAUUAUACUAGCUGCGAUUUUUAUUUUUGGAGCUUGGCUUCAUGUUGAAACCCUAUAUUGUGUUUGGUUUUAUUACGUAUCAGCUACGAUAUGGGCAUUUGACAGGAUUAUUAGAAUUUUAAGGUUAGUACAAUAUGGAUUUCCCACUGCAAGAAUCUAUUUAUUGCCUGAUGAGACUUUGAAAGUCAUUGUACCGAGACCUAAGGAUUGGGAAGCUAUCCCUGGUGGACACGCUUUUAUCCAUUUCUUGAAAUGGGAUUGUUUUUGGCAAUCUCAUCCUUUCACGUAUACUACAACAAAUCACCAUAUUAUACUAUUUAUUAAAGUUAAAAAGGGUGUUACGAGAACAUUAGCAGAUUAUUUAAAGACUCACAAAAACAUUUGUACUUUGAGAGUUGCUAUUGAAGGAUCUUAUGGUGAGAAAACUCCAGCAGGUAAAUAUGAUAGUGCUGUAUUUAUCGCUGGUGGUAACGGUAUACCUGGAAUUUUCUCAGAAGCUAUUGAACUAACGGACAAUCACCAAAAUCAAAUAGUAGAUAAUCAAAAUAAAAUAAAACUAAUUUGGGUAGUUAGAGAAUACUCAUCAUUACUUUGGUUUUAUGAGGAAUUAAUAUCACUCAGAAACUUUCAAAUUGAAACAACAAUUUACGUAACAAGACCUCAUUUACCAAUAACAGAGGGGGAUUUUGAAAGAAGAAUCUUAUCGACUGAUACAUUAAAAGAACAUAAUGAACUAUCACCACUUUUGACUUCAUCAUCGCAAAAGCAAUCCAACUCAUCAACAUCACUAAUAGAUAUAGACAAAUCGUCAUCAAAUUCAUACCACUCAACGAACCUCAUAUUCAUAAUACAGAAAGAAUUAAAACAUAUAAACUUCAUAGAAUCACGACCAAACAUGAGCAAGAUAGUCGAGUCCAAUAUAGAAGAAUCAAGAGGUUCAACUUGUUUUGUUACAUGUGGGCAUCCAGCCAUGGUUGAUGAAGUGAGACAAUCAGUUGUGGUAAAUAUAUAUAAUACCGAAAGAAAGAGAGUCGACUACUAUGAACAAUUACAGGUUUGGGCUUAG